UUUGUGUAAAUCGACCUGUAAUAAGACCACAUCCAGGUGUUGGAUCCGAAUACAAUUUACAUAGGUGAAGAGAGCUUUCAGUUAUACAAUACGAUACAAAAUCUACAGAUACAAAGGAGUUGUCAAUGUCAAACAUAAUGGGGGGCAAUGCCAACAUGCGAAAACUCAUGUAUUUUGCGGUGAUUGUAUGUUUAUUAUUGCAGAAAGGUGAAGCAAUAUGGUUGAGUUUGCCAGCCAGUGGGACCAAGUGUGUUUCCGAAGAACUCCAUAACAACGUUGUCGUUUUGGCUGAUUACGUUGUCAUCUCCGAUGAUCAUGUUCACCCCACCCCCACCAUUUCCGCUAGGGUCACCUCGCCAUAUGGAAACACCCUUCAUCACAAGGAGAACAUAACACACAGUCAGUUUGCCUUCACAACUACAGAGGCUGGCAACUACCUAGCUUGUUUUUGGGCUGAUAAUCCAGCAGGUGGGAGUCUCAGUGUUAACAUUGACUGGAAAACUGGAAUUGCUGCCAAGGAUUGGGAAUCAGUUGCCAGAAAAGAGAAGAUUGAGGGUAUUGAGCUUGAGCUGAGAAAGCUUGAAGGAGCUGUGGAGGCCAUUCAUGAAAAUUUGAUUUACCUGAAGACCAGGGAAUCAGAGAUGCGGUCAGUGAGUGAAACGACAAAUGCACGUGUGGCUUGGUUCAGUAUUAUGUCUUUGGGAGUCUGCAUUUUGGCAUCAGUUCUGCAAAUAUUGUACUUGAAGCAGUAUUUCCAAAAGAAAAAGCUAAUUUAGACUCUCUUUAGGUGAAACUUACGGGAUAGCAAAGAGAAACCUUAAGUUACCAUCUUUUGACACUUUCUGUUAGCAGUGUUUUUUUUUUUUUUUUGGUGGUGAUAUUAGUGGAUCCAGCCUUUAUCGUGUCAGACGUCGAAGAUAAGAUUUAAUGUCCAGCGUUUUUGUAUACAAGGACUACAGAGAUAGUGCAGCAUAACUUAUUAACUUGGAACCAUUUGCUUUUCU